AUGAGUGAAGGCGACGUCAGCACGGUCCCCGCGGAGACGGUCAACAACAGCAGCAGCAACAAUGGCAAGUCCCUCGAUGAUGAUCCCCGAUCGGCGGAGGAGCUGAAGAGCCAGGCGAAUGAGCACUUUCGCAAGAAGGAGUACGAGGACGCCAUUCAGCUGUACACUAAAGCCAUAGACAAGGACCCGAAGAAUCAUAUUCUCUAUGGCAAUCGCAGCUUUGCUUACCUCAAAACCGAGUGCUUCGGCUAUGCUUACCUCGACGCUUCCUAUGCAAUUGAGCUGGAUAAAAAGUACAUCAAAGGCUACUACCGGCGAGCGGCGGCUCAAAUGGCCAAUGGCAAGUUCAAAGAGGCGCUGAAGGACUUUGAAACCGUCACAAAGUUCUGUCCUCGAGACCAGGAUGCGAAAGCCAAGUACACUGAGUGCAAGAAGAUUGUCAGUCAGAAGGCCUUUGAAAAGGCCAUUUCGGUAGACACUGUCAAAAAGUCUGUUGCUGAAUCGAUCGACUUUGAUAGCAUGACCAUUGAUGACAGUUACGAUGGACCAAAAAUGGUGGACGGAAAGGUGACACUUGAGUUUAUGCAGCAACUGAUUGAAACGUUCAAAAAUGAAAAGCCUCUUCACCGCAAGUACGCCUACAAAAUCGUCCUCGACUGUCGCGAGAUAUUUUCAAAGUCACCCACCCUGGUUGAUAUCACCAUCCCUGAUGACAAGAAGUUCACUGUGUGUGGCGAUAUUCAUGGCCAGUUCUACGAUCUGCUGAACAUCUUCAAACUGAAUGGCCUUCCAAGCGAGGAGAAUCCGUAUCUCUUCAACGGCGACGUCGUCGAUCGAGGCUCCUUUUCAGUGGAGUGUAUCUUGGUGCUCUUCGGUUUUAAAUUACUGUAUCCGAAUCACUUGUUCAUCGCUCGCGGAAACCAUGAAUCCGAAACAAUGAACAAAAUAUUUGGCUUUGAAGGUGAAGUGAAGAACAAGUUUUCUCAGCAAAUGUACGACCUCUUUGCCGAGGUGUUCGAGUACCUACCUCUUGCCCACUGUCUCAACGACAAGGUCCUGGUCAUGCACGGUGGCCUCUUCAACAAGGACAACGUCACACUGGAGCAGAUUCGUCAGAUUGAUCGCGUUCGUCAGCCUCCGGAAGAAGGUCUGAUGUGUGAUAUCCUCUGGUCUGACCCGAUGGCCAAUACUGGUCGGUCGCCCAGCAAACGAGGCGUCGGCGUGCAAUUUGGACCGGAUGUUACGGAAAAUUUUCUGAAGACUAACAAGCUGGACUAUAUCAUUCGCAGUCACGAGGUGAAGGAAACUGGAUACGAAAUUGCUCACGAUGGAAAGUGCAUCACCGUCUUCUCUGCGCCCAACUACUGCGACCAAAUGGGCAACCUUGGCGCCUUCAUCAACUUCAAAGGCGGCGACCUGAAGCCGCAAUUCACCUCCUUCAAAGAAGUGCCUCAUCCCGACAAGAAGCCCAUGUGCUACUCAAGCAAUCUGUUCAACUUUGCGUAA